AUCCUGGUAAAAUCUGUGAAUAAUUUACCAAAUCCACGACAAAUUCUGCAGUGCAAUAACUCACCUUCCAUUUCUACAAAUUCCUGCCUGAGUCAUUUUAGAACCACCACGUGUACCAGAUGCCUUUCUGGCUCUAAGAAUUAGCUGCCAAACACAGACAAAUUCACUAACCUAGCUACAUUCUGCUAGAGUGAGAGAGAGAGAGGGAAGAGAAGAGAAGAGAAGGUAUCCCAACAUAAAAGGGGAAAGAAAACACACAUACACAGCUAGCAAGUGAUCACUGAACACAAAAAAUUGUUAAAGCAUGAGAGGCAAAGCUUGUAAAGAAAACUGGAGGUUUUAUAAGAAACCAAACUUAGGCUUUCCUGCUCUGAUUCUCUCAUGCUCAUUUUUCUUUAUGGCCGGCCUGUUUGCCUCAAAUCUUCUUCUCUCUCAGGGUACAUCAAGUGAUGGAAGGUGGCUGAGGGCAAGAGCAAGGCAACUCCAAUCAGUGGAGGAAGAGAUUAUUAGCAAGUAUGAUCUAUUACCAAGUGGAGAGAGUGGAGAUGAUUUUAUUACCCUUAUCCCGUUUCAGGUUUUAAGCUGGAGGCCGCGAGCACUAUAUUAUCCAGGUUUUAUAACCGCAGAGCAGUGUCAGCACAUAAUUAACAUGGCAAAGCCAAGCCUUCAGCCUUCAACUUUGGCUUUACGGAAGGGAGAAACUGCAGAAACCACAAAAGGAAUCAGAACAAGCUCUGGCAUGUUUGUUUUUUCUUCCGAAGACCAAGCUGGAGUCUUACAAGUCAUCGAGGAAAAAAUUGCUCGGGCCACCAUGAUUCCAAGUACUCAUGGAGAGGCUUUCAAUGUCCUGCGCUAUGAGAUUGGCCAAAAGUAUGAUGCUCAUUACGAUGCGUUCAAUCCUGCAGAAUACGGGCCUCAAACGAGCCAAAGGGUGGCCACAUUCUUGCUGUAUCUAUCUAAUUUUGAAGAAGGCGGGGAGACCACAUUUCCGAUUGAGAAUGAUGAAAACUUUGAAGGAUAUGAUGCCCAGAAAUGCAACGGUUUAAGGGUAAAACCACAUCAAGGGGAUGCAAUUCUGUUCUACUCAAUAUUCCCUAACAAUACAAUUGACCCGGCAUCUCUUCAUGCAAGCUGUCAUGUAAUCAAAGGGGAGAAAUGGGUGGCUACUAAGUGGAUUAGAGAUCAAGUACAAGUUUAAAUUGUUCAUCGCUGUUUUACCCAAGUUUCUUCUAGGAAAGGAUCUUUGCUGAUGCUAUAUUUUGGGAUUGUAAAAUGCUUCUAGGACAAGAGUAAUCUCUCAUGUUACAUCGCAAUUUUAGAGGAUUAAACAGUGGAUGAUCAUUCUCUCCUGUUAUUGGAGAAAGGCUUCUUUCAAGUA